GUUAAAAGCUCUGGACGAUCACCCCUUCGUCGUAGAUAUCUUGACUUUGUAAGGAGCGUAGAAUCCGGGCAAUCUCACAAACAUCUGUCAUAUCCCGGCCUGACCAUCUCACACAAUCACACAUCAGAAUGGACGGCUCGAUGACAAUGACUUCGACCAUGUCCGGCAUGGGCAGCAUGGGCAGCAUGACCAUGUCAACCGCCACAGGAACCGCAGCGGCAGCAUCAGCCACGUCCACCGCGAUGAGCUCAAUGAGUAUGGGAGGCAAGUGUAAAAUCAACGUGAGUUACCUUUCCAUUCGUCCAAGACCCGAACAGACAGGGAUGCUGAAAGGGUUCAUAGAUGCUUUGGAAUUGGUACACGAUAGACGCAUGCUUCCUCUCGAGUAGCUGGCACAUCACCAGCAAGGGCAUGUUUGCAGCGUCUUGUAUCGGUGUGGUGUUCCUCGUGAUCAGUCUGGAACUCCUGAGAAGGGUCAGCAAAGAGUACGACAUGGCAAUCUUGCGCCAAUUCCAACGAAGCGUGGUCACACAAGAUGCAACCAAGGACCAGACUACCCUCGUCGGAGGAUGUCGACCGGCGCCUCGAGUCGUCGUCUUCCGACCAUCUCCCAUACAGCAGCUCAUCCGAGCAGUACUGCACGCGGUCACCUUCGGAGUCGCCUACAUCAUCAUGUUGCUGGCCAUGUACUACAAUGGGUACAUCAUCAUCUGCAUCUUCAUCGGUGCUGGACUGGGGAAAUUCAUUUGCGACUGGGCUCCGCAGAAGAUCCCUCUCGGCACCUCUUUUGAGCAGCAGGGAGAUUCUGUUGAAGAAGGUCCCACGGUGUGUUGUGGAUGAGACGAGGUGCGGCGUUGGUCAGAGGAUGGUGAACAGCCUGACAGAAUCGAAGGGAAAUGAGGAAGCUGUGAAGCACAUGAGUCGGCGGUACUUCGGCAAGUUCGCGGCUCGAAGCAUCUACUCGUACUACUUUGAACAAGUCUUACAGGCCUUGGGUCUCUCAGUGCUUCAUUUUGUUUCCUUCAGCAGCCGACCCAUGUGACUGACGACUUACACAUGACAUAUUAAAGAUCUUUGCAUCGCAACUCUGAUAAUUGGGUAUCUCAUUUAGUAUUUUUAUGGCUCAUGGAUGGUCGUAAUAUCUGAGUCUCGCUAGCAAUCAAUAUAGUAUGUACAGAAAAACGGUGAAACGCGUCUGAAGCCCUGCCCAGAAGGAGUCUUUCAAUUGAUCCCAACCCAAGUGGACAUCUAGGCUUUUGUAUUGCUUCGAAUGCAGAAUUCCACAAUCAAUUUUUGUAAAUCCAUUAGUUUGUAUGGCUUUGUCAUGAAU